UUUUAUGCCACUUUUUCUGUCUCAUUUUGUCCGCCACACUUCCAACGUUGUGCGUGAGUGCACAAAGCCUUGUUCCACCCCUGGGAGGUGAGGGGAGCAGUGAGCAGCAGCGGUGGCCACGCUCGGGAUGAUGAUUUAACCCCCAAUUCCGACCCUUGAUGCUGAGUGCCAAGAAGGGAGGCAGUGGUGUGACAAAUGAAGGACCGAGUGAAAGUUGCCUCCUCCAUCGUACAUAAGAUCUGACUUCGUCCUGCUUAAUAACCUGAACUGCAACCAUGAGAAGACCUGAGGGGUACUUGACCUUUGUACCCUACCGGCGCCACCGUCCGGUCGCGUGAGCGCCCCCCUCUCCCUGCGGCAGUUACUGCGCGGAAUGGCCUCUCUGGACCUUCCAUACCGUUGUCCUCGCUGUGGGGAGCACAAGCGCUUCCGAAGCCUGUCGUCCUUGCGUGCCCAUCUGGAGUACAACCACACGUACGAGACCCUGUACGUUCUCUCCAAAUCCAACAGUGUUUGUGACGCCGCCGCGCUACUGCCCUUAGUGUCGGAGAGCGCGCUGCUACCGUCUCCCAAUAACAACGACCCCUUUGAGCCUUUGCAGCCGUCCGCUUUAAAAGAGCGGCACUUCCCUUGUCGCGAGCUUCCUUGUGUGGAUGACCUGAGUUUGACGCCAGUUAGCUCCAACACGUCCGCGCGGUAUAUCCCCAAUGUGCAGUUUCCUUUGGGGGAGAUUUUUAUGAAGACUGCCAUGACAUCCACAGACCCCAGUCCUUACGGGAACCCUAGUACAGCUGUAGCCGUAGCAGCUAACGUUGCCGCCAGCGCAGUGGAAGCGGCCUAUGAAGAAGGCCUAGCCAGGUUGAAGGCACGGGCGUUUGAACGUCUUGAGCUGGAUGAAAGGAUGGAGAAGCUGUCUGAAGAGGUGGAGCAGAAAAUAGCGGCUCGUGUAGGCCGUCUUCAGGCCGAGCUGGAGAGGAAGAGCUCUGAGCUGGAACGCGCCAAGCAGGAGAGCGACCGGCUGAGCCAGGAGAAACAAGACCUGGAGGACAAGGCCUUGGAACUCUCUCGGCAGGUGGACGUCUCCGUGGAAAUGCUCGCCAACCUAAAACAGGACCUGGUGAACAAGGAGGCCGAGCUCAGCCACAAGCAGCAGGAGGUCGCGCAGAUCGACCAGUUCCUGCAGGAGACUGCGGCACGAGAAGCCAACGCCAAAGUUCGCCUGCAGCAGUUCAUCGAGGAACUGUUGGACCGCGCCGACCGCGCUGAGAAACAGCUCCAGAUCAUCAGCAGCUGCGGCACCACGCCAAACGGCAGUCUCGGGCGCUGCAGUCUUCAGGGAUCAAAGGGCAACGGACACCAGAGAAACUCCAGCAUCUCUGGAAGCACAAGGGGCAUCUACCAAGCAUCCGAGCGACGUUCAUCUCCCAGUACGGGAGCAUCGGGUCGGGUCAAGUCGGUCUCACAGGGUUCCGGCGGAUACGACAGCGACAGUGUGGAGAUGCACCCGAUGGACGAGUGCCCCGAGGCUCAGUACUACCACAUGCAGUGCCGCCUGACCGAGGGCGCCUACGACCGCUCCCCUGGCUGCGGCGGCGGCGGGUCGAGGAACUGGGGCCUCCGCAAGCAGGCCAUCCAGAACUGGCAGCGCCGGCCCUACAGGAACAGCACGGAAGGCGAGGAGGGAGACGUGUCCGACGUGGGCUCUCGGACGACCGAGUCGGAGGUGGACAUGUGGGAGCAGGAGAGGAGAGCUGUGGCCGAAGUCCAGCAGUGCGGCGCCCCCUAUCCAAACCACAGCAGGGCUGGGUAUCGACCUAACGCAGGUCGGUCUGAAGGCGUCUACAGCAAACCCUGCCGCCAUGAGAAAAGCCCGUCCAAAUCCAACGAGGUGAUCAGCCCCGAGAUCCUGAAGAUGCGCGCCGGCUUAUUCUGUAUCUUCACCUACCUGGAUACUAAAACCCUGCUAAGAGCGGCGGAAGUCUGCAGAGAUUGGAAGUUUGUGGCUCGCCACCCGGCCGUGUGGACCAGACUUCUGCUGGAAAACGCCCGCGUUUCUUCCAAGUUGCUGGGAACGUUGUCUCAGUGGUGCACUCAGACGCACUCGCUCAUCCUGCAGAACCUUAAACCUCGACAGCGUGGAAAGAAGGAAAGCAAGGAGGAAUACUUAAAAAGCACACGUGGCUGUCUGGAGGAAGGACUGGAGGCGCUGCUGAAGGCCACGGGAAGUAACCUGCUCAUACUAAAGAUUUCACAUUGUCCCAACCUGCUGACGGACCGCUCCCUCUGGCUGGCCAGUUGCUACUGCCGAGCUCUGCAGGCUGUCACUUACAGGAGUGCCACAGACCCAGUUGGCCAGGAGGUCAUCUGGGCCCUCGGCGCAGGUUGUAGAGACAUCAUCUCCCUGCAGGUGGCGCCACUACACCCAUGCCAACAGCCGGCUCGUUUUAGCAACAGAUGCCUGCAGACCAUCGGGAGAUGCUGGCCACACCUCCGAGCGCUCGGCGUGGGCGGCGCAGGAUGUGGCAUUCAGGGGCUGGCCUCGCUGGCAAGGAACUGCAUGCGCCUUCAAGUGCUCGAAUUGGACCAUGUGAGCGAAAUCAACCAGGAGGUGGCAGCAGAGGUCUGCAGGGAGGGCCUGAAGGGCCUGGAGAUGCUGGUGCUCACCUCCACACCAGUCACCCCCAAAGCUCUGCUCCAUUUUAACAGUGUGUGCCGCAACCUGAAAUCCAUCGUGGUCCAGAUUGGUAUCGAAGAUUACUUUGAGGACCCGAACAGUCCAGAGGCCAGAAAACUCUUUGAUGAGAUGGUAAACAAGCUGCAGGCAUUGAAGAAAAGACCGGGCUUCUCCAAAAUCCUCCACGUGAAAGCGGACAGUCUCUGCUAA